AUGGAGUAUCACGGCAUUCCCUUCGAAGGUACAGUAUGGCAAGCCUCUGCACGAUACAACAAUGCAGUGAUGUCUCGGGCCGACGUGGACGCGUUCUUCGAGAAGGCCAGACUGGGCGCCGCACAAUAUCCAGAGAGCGUGCCAGAUGACGAACCUGACACAUUGCCUGCACCUACACCGGCGACGAAGACCAAUGCCACCGUUUACACGCCACACGAGCACCCAUUGCCAAGUGGGAACCAGAUUGGCUCCCCCAGUAGGGGAGAACGAGGUUUAGUUACCGCACACAGUGAACAAUCGACUAUCCAGAGAGCUCAGCGCGGUUCAAACCAGGCUGAUCUGUUCGUCUUUGGAGUCACUUCCUCGAGGCAGCAGCGCCAGCAGAAUCGGCAGGCCGAAUUCACGUUUAGUUCCAACCGUGCCUCAGUUCGAGCUAAUAUCUUCUGCGAGCUCUGUAAAUUUAUCAUCGCAAAUGCCAGAGCACUCCGAUUUCAGCCCAGCGAGGUGGGACACGACGCGACCUCUAUUCACAUCGAAGGGGGAGGCAGUGGGAACCGAUCUCACAAGUCCCGAUGUUCCGAAGUCUUCGCCGGCUACAAAACUUUCGCGGAGCUCUAUAAAUCCGCAUCUGACGGGUGCCAUCUAUGUUCCCUUCUGACGGCUCCUGAUGCGGAGGGCAGUUUGGACGCUCCCCCGAACUCCGCGAGCCAGGUCUUUAUUGGCGUGUACGGCGACAAGAGCUUCGACGGGCCCGGCCGCAUAGAGAUCCAAGACGUGCAUGAGCGAUACGGGAGAAAGGUCAUCAACCUCUACUUCGACUCGCCCAGCGCCAAGAUUCAAGGCUCGCUGCAGUACAAGAACACCAAUACCGAUGAGUUAUUCGAACUGGCCAAAGGGUGGCUAGAACAUUGCCGUAAACACCAUGACCAAUGUCGUCGGGAAUCUACCUCAGCAUUCAUGCCGACUAGGGUCUUGAAAGUCUCUUGCGCGAACGGUGAGCUGAGUUCUGUACAGCUUUGCCCAACAGCAGAAUUGAACUUCCCCAGAGCACCAUACCUUGCAUUGAGCCACUGCUGGGGCACCCAGAACAUCAUACAGCUGGUCUCGGGAACUCUGGCCCCCUUCCAGCGAGAUGUACCCAUUACCAAAUUAUCUCAGAACUUCCGAGACGCGGCCCUUAUAACGGCACAUCUUGGCUACCAGUACCUGUGGAUCGACUCGCUCUGCAUCAUCCAAGACUCACCCGAGGAUAAGGCCCGCGAAAUCCCCAAAAUGGCCGAGAUAUACGGCAAUGCCAUACUCACUAUCGCAGCACUGGGUGCCAAGGAUAGUAGCGGCGGCUGCUUUGUAACGCGCAACCCACUGGCCCUCGUACCCGCCCUACUGCGUGAUGGUGACGCCGACGUGAGGGACCAGGUCUGGGCUUGGAAUCACGCACUCCCGGGCCCUGAUGCUGACGGUCUGAUCCGACCGCCACUACACCGGAGGGGCUGGGUCGUACAGGAGCGCGCCCUGGCGAGGCGGACGUUGCAUUUCGGUUCUGCCAUGGUGUACUGGGAGUGUCUCGAGGCCUCGGCUUCGGAGGCCCAGCCCGAGAUGCAGGAGCGGGCUUUCUCCACAGACACAAGCGACCCGGUGUUUGCACACCAGGUCGGUAUCAAGACGGCGCUGCAGGCUCUCCGGAGGAGUGCGGAGAGUGGCGGCGCCUGGGAGCAGUGGGAGGGCCUCUGGUGGAAGCUGGUCAAGGAGUACACGGCGAGCCAGCUCACCCGCGUGAACGACAAGUGGAACGCCAUCUCUGCCCUGGCGAUGGAAGCCGAGCAAUGUACGAAGAUGAGGCUCUACCAUGGCCUCUGGGAAUGUAACCUGUUUGAUGAGAUCUUGUGGCAAUGCCUCGAGCCAGGUAAAAGGAAUGCGUUCGCGCCGUCGUGGUCCUGGCUCUCAUACGAAGGCCAAAUUCAAGCGAAGCGUUUCAAUUACGAUGGGGGCUUCCGUCGUCUUGCCACUGUAAAUAAGCCUGGGUCUUUUCGAGUGGCCGCGGAUGGCCUGGGGCGGUCCCGAGAGCUCUUGAUAAGGGGAUACGUGUUUCAAGUUUACUCAGAACAGAUACAAAGCUCCGACAACGGUGUUCAGCGUUAUGCGUUACACUUAUGCGAGGACAAUUCCGGAGCAGAGCUAGUAUGGCGGUGGAGUCCCGACGUCAACCCGAAGGGAGAAUGGGAUCUCGCAGCCUUACCCUUGGUCAAGAGCUGCGCAGGGGACGGAGAAAUCUGGGGGAUGGUGGUGCGACCUACCGACGCAUCCAAGCUCAGCUGGGCCCGGGUUGGGAUUUUUCGGCUAUAUUGGCUUAACCAGGAGGCAGAUGAAUUAUUGUUUGGAGAGGGAGAGAAACAAGAUAUCGUACUAGUUUGA